GGGGCAGACGAGCGGAGGGGGAAAUUGCUAUUGAGUAUUUUUCUACUCGGGAUUUUGUCUUUCUUUUUGCACCGCGCAAGUUCUUAGUUAAACAUCAAAACCUUUUGCCCUUCUCUUAAAAAAAAUAAAAUUGUACGGCUGCAUGAGAAGGGACAGGCGCGCAAUUUAUAGCUGGCUGUUACACACCCUACCCGAGGCGACGGGAAAAGCGAGCUUGAUGAAAUGUGGGGAAAAUAACGCAUUAAUCCUGCUCUCAGAGCUUUGUUGUGGCCACAAUUUCCAGCAGGCCCGGAGCCCGCGGCCUUUGGUGAUUCUUCAGCAGGGAAAGCCCUGCUUUCUUUGGCGACUAUCUGAAGGACCUUUUAGUUUCAGGAAUUGAGCCUUAAGAAAUUGAAAAUACCUUUUAAUUACUCUCCUUUCGAAAGAAAACAGCAGUCUAUUAAAAAGGAAAAUGAGGAAGCUUCUGAAGUGCUGGACAUGUUUGCCUUUCAUCCUUUUCAUUAUCCCAACUAAUUGUGGGUCAACUCAGAAUAUCUGUAAAAUCACAGAUAAAAUGGCAGACUGUAGUCAUUUAAAGCUUUAUCAAAUUCCCUCCAAUCUCCCAGCUGAUAUAACAACGUUGGAUAUUUCACAUAACCAGCUGAAAACACUGCUGCCUGAAAACCUUACAAAGUACAAUCAGCUUGUUUAUUUAAAUGUGGGGUUCAAUUCCAUAUCCAAACUAGGGAUUCACUUGUGCCUCAGUUUACCUUUGUUAGAGGUAUUGAGGCUGGAGCACAAUCAGUUGCGUACAUUAUAUGGAGAAGUUUUUACUUCCUGUACCAAUCUCAGAGAGCUUAAUGUGGGAUUCAACAUUCUGAAUACAAAAAAUGAUCCUUUCAAAAAUCUGAAGAAUUUGGCUUUCCUUGAUGUCUCUCAUAAUCACCUAAGUUCUACAAAAUUAGGGUCUCAGCAGCAAUUAGGGAAUCUACAAGAGCUUGUGAUGUCUCAAAACCAAAUUACAAAAUUAAAUAAAGAAGAUCUAUACUUUCUUGGUAACUCUUCAUUAAAAAGAUUGGACCUUUCAUCAAACCCAAUAAAAGAGUUUCAACCAGGCUGCUUCCAAGCUAUUGAAAACAUAUAUGGCCUUGAUCUGAACAACGUUCCAUUGGGACCUGAUGGCACAGAGAAACUUUGUUUGGAAUUAUCUGGCACAAAAAUACAGAACCUUUCAAUGAGCAAAGUGCAAAUUUCACGGAUUUCCAAUGUGACCUUUAGUGGAAUGAGUAAAACAAACCUUACCAUUUUAAACCUAUCAAAUAAUUAUUUGUCUGUUAUUGAAAAUGCCUCAUUUAUAUAUUUUUCAAAUUUAAAAGAACUAAAUCUAAUGAAUAACAAUAUUACAAAACUGUCUUCUCAUACUCUUUAUGGACUUCAAAAUCUGAACUAUUUCAACUUGGAAAAUUCACAUGUCAGAAUAAUUGAUUCGGCAUUCCAGUGGCUAACUCAUUUGAAUUACCUUAUUAUGGAUGGUAAUAAAUUUCUAGAGAUUACUCCCCAUACGUUUAAAGGUUUAGAAAAUUUGAAAAACUUGAGUUUAUGUCAGUGCAAUAUAAAUUCAAUAACAAAUAUGACAUUUGCUUCACUUGCAAAUUCUUCGCUGCAAUUUCUCAAUCUAACAAAAGCUGGAAUCAUUUCUAUCAAGCCCAAAGCUUUUUCUUGGCUAAGGCAACUAAAAAUGCUUGAUUUAGGUUUAAAUAAUAUUAAACAGAACCUUACAGGUCAGGAAUUUCAAGGUCUUAGUAAUAUUGAGACACUGUAUCUUUCAUAUAACUAUCAGUUGAAUUUGACAAGUGAAUCAUUCACUCUUAUUCCAAGUCUUCGAAAGCUGAGAAUGAGAAAGGUGCGUUGCAGUAAUCUUGCAAUCACCCCCUCACCAUUUCGUAAAUUAAAGAAUUUGACAAUCCUGGAUAUGGGUAACAACAAUAUUGCUAACAUAAAGGAUGAUAUAUUUGAUGGACUGCAUCAGCUUGAAAUUCUUGACCUGCAGCACAAUAAUCUGGCUCGACUUUGGAAACACACCAACCCAGAUGGUCCUGUCCUUUUUCUCAAAGACCUUCACAACCUCCGUCUACUGGAUUUAGAAUCAAAUGGCUUUGAUGAGAUUCCACACAAGGCUUUCUAUGGAUUAUCUUUAUUGAGAAGCUUGAAUUUAGAUUCCAAUCUCUUAAAUCUGCUUCCCAAGUCUGUUUUUGAUGAUCUGACAUCUCUGAGCUUUCUCUUCCUCCAGAAGAAUAUGGUCACAGCUGUUGAUGAAAAAGUGUUUGGUGCCGUUUUCAAACAUCUAAAAGUAUUAAAUAUGGCUUCAAAUCCAUUCGACUGUACUUGUGACAGUAUACCUUGGUUUGUUACUUGGCUCAAUAGCAAUAAAACAUAUAUCUCAAAUUUAAACAAUUAUCAAUGCAACACUCCACCCAAAUAUCACUCUAAUUUAGUAGCACAGUUUGAUACUUCUAUAUGUGAUAAUGCCCCCUUUAAGCUGGUAUUCAUUUUGUGCACUACUGCUAUAUUAUUGCUCAUCUUUAUAGCUAUGCUUGUUCACUUUCAAGGAUGGAGAAUUAAAUUUAUGUAUACUGUGGCUGUAAACAGAGUAUUGGGCAUCAAAGAAAUAGAUAGACAACAGCAGCAAUUUGAAUAUGAUGCCUACAUCAUUCAUGCCAAGAAGGAUAUGAACUGGGUAUCCAAUAACUUUAUUCCCCUUGAAAAUAAUCAACCAGCCAUUCGAUUCUGUUUAGAAGAACGAGAUUUUGAAGCUGGAAUAUCUGAAUUUGAAGCCAUCGUCAAUAGCAUACAGAGAAGUAGAAAGAUCAUAUUUAUUGUAACUAAACAUCUCUUAGAAGAUCCCUGGUGUAAAAGGUUCAAAGUUUAUCAUGCUAUACAACAAGCCAUUGAACAAAGUCGGGAUUCUAUUAUACUAAUUUUUCGACAUGAUAUUCCUGAUUACAAGUUAAAGAAUGCUCUUUGUUUACGAAGAGCAAUGUUCAAAUCUCGUUGUAUCUUGGAGUGGCCUGUGCAGAAAGAACGUUUGGAUGCCUUUCACCAGCAACUGAAAUCAGCACUUCAGUCCAAUAGUAGGAUAAUAUAAUUUGUUUUAAGAAUAUUGUAUGCAUUUCUGGGUAAUUCACUCAGUGGUUAAAAUACCACACUAAAAAUACAAUAUUGAAAAAGAAGUAAAUAUAAAACUAUUCUUCCAAGAUUUUUUCUUCUUCUAUCCAAAAUAUGAGAGUUGUAUCCAAACAUACAAAAUGAAUGAGUAGCAUUUGGGAACAUCAAAUGUUUGCUACAAAAGACAAAGUAUUUUGGAGGCGAGACCAAAAAAUAGGGCAUGUACUAAAUAAAAAUGUAGUUGAUUUUAAAUCCCAAACUAAUCUCUCUCCUUCUCUUCAUGUGCUUCAUAUUGAAGCUUGUCCACCAAUCUUUUCAGCAAUUUCCUUUCAUUGCUUACUCAUAGCUGCUCCACUCUGUAUUCACUCUAUGCCAACCUUUGCCUUACUCACAUAAUCUCAUUUGGGAAUCAUCCUGCCCACUGGUCUUCACAUGACCUACAUUUUCCUAUUGUGUAGCCACAGUGGGAGGUUGCUAUCUUGCCUUUUUCUGACCGUUCAAAACUAGCUGGUCUAUACACAGCACAGUUCAUGCAUAGAACAAUUUGCACAUUCCCAAUACUUUGGUCUCUCUCCACUUUCUUACCCAGAAAUAGGAGCUGCAAGUAAGUUAAGCUUUUGUCUUUGCUCCAUAAUAUUACUGGAAAAAAGAAACGUAAAGAGUAGAAUCCAAAUAUCUGAUGCACUAGAAAAGGGGGUGUUCUGACCCAGCUCCCCAAACACCUUAACAAGACAUCGGAUUCCAGUUCAUUUAUCACUGUAUUUGAAUUUAUGUUCUCAGAUAUAACUGGUGACCCAAAUUGAUCCUUCUAUAAACACAAGAUUCUUUCCAUUCAUCAGAUGAACCAGUCUCCAUAACUGUUACAUGUAAAAUGUUCAGAUCCUACAUCCAUAGCAAUAAAAGUCUUCUCCCAGUUUGUUUCUCUUCCUCUUCUAGGAACUAAGAAUAAAAUACUUUAUUAUUUUCCACAUAUUAGAAGAUUGUUGAAUGUAUUUUAAUCAACAGCACAUAUACUUACAAGAUUUAGGACUUGAUUUAGAAAAUAUUCAGCUUCUGUUCAUGUUGAUAAUAUUUUUAAUACAAAAUGUAUUAUCAUUCUUAUUAAUCUGGUUUAGACUAAAGAUAUUUAAUUCAGAACUAGAUCAGAUUCUGUACUCUGAUUCAAGAUAUGUUUUCAUAUAAGCAAUAAUAGAAAUAUAUCCUAUUGUUUUGUGAUUAUUAAAUACAAAAAUUAUUUAUAGUAUUACAAAUAAAAUCAGCUGGUACGAUGUGA